AUGCCAAAUAAGAAGAAGAACAAGGACAAAAACAAGCAGCAAAAGCUUGCUGCAAAGCAGUGCAAUGGAGAUGCUGGCCAAGCCAAUUUGGUGAAAUCUUACUCCCCUCCUCUUGACCGUGAAGCCGAAGUCGAUGAAUAUCCCGAGGAAGAGGGUAUUUUGGGUAGUGACAACGAUGAGCAGGAGGAUCCGCAGGAUUAUGUCAAAGGUGGCUACCACCCAGUCAAGAUCGGGCAGAUGUACAAUGGGCGCUAUCACGUCGUAAGGAAGCUUGGUUGGGGCCACUUUUCCACUGUUUGGCUUUGCUGGGAUCUCGUUGCUAAGCGAUUUGUCGCCAUGAAGGUAGUGAAGAGUGCCGCUCACUACACCGAAACUGCGCUUGAUGAGAUUAAGCUUUUGACCUGUGUUCGUGACGCUGAUCCGGAUCAUCCGUUUCGCAAUAAAACCGUCCAGUUACUCGAUGAAUUUAGAGUUUCCGGAGUUAACGGACUUCAUGUUUGUAUGGUUUUCGAGGUCUUGGGUCACAAUCUUCUGAAGCUCAUAAUACGCUCAGGCUAUCGUGGCAUUCCAAUUGAGAACGUUCGCACAAUAAUUAGACAGACGCUUGAGGGGCUGCACUAUCUUCAUGUGAAAUGCCAAAUCAUCCAUACGGAUAUUAAGCCCGAGAACAUUUUAGUUGCCAUUUCCGAUUCAGCUGUGAGGCGUCUUGCUGCAGAAUCUAUCGACGCUCAAAGACGGGGUGCUAGGUUAUCAGUUUCGGCUGUGAGUACCGCUCCCAAGGAGGUGAUGCUUUGCAAUAAGCUAAGUAAGGGUCAGAAGCGGCGCAUCAAGAAGCAACAGAAGAAGCAGCAGGCGCUAUUGGAGCAGGAAUUUGAGGAAUUAGAAGAGAUUGAGUGUCGUGAGCAGGAGCAGCGUCUUCGGGAGAUGGGGCUUCUCUACCCACCCGCUGAGGGCGACACGGCCUGCGUCGACAAUCCCAAGUCGUCCACAGAACAGCAGGAUGCGACUGCAGCAACUUCGGCUGUCGAGGCCGAACCCUCUGCUCACAUUCUUCCCUCGGAAUGCAACAACCAUGAGGAUGCAUCUGUGCCGCUGAAGACCCCAUCCACCGAUAAUGAUUCGCGAAAUGACUCCAAAUCGAAGGAAGCCAUUCAGAAGGCGGAGUUAGAGAACGCCACAACCUCGACCGAUUCACUUCUCCGGCCAGGUGCUGAGACCUACGGAGGGGGCAGCGGCGGUCCUAACGAGGUCGCACUAGCCAAGCGCGCCAGUAUGUUUGUCCGUCCGGUGACUGCGAACGGUGCCGCCGGAUUCAUUGACAAGCGCCGUUCUCUUCUGCUGGAACCCAUUUUCAAAGAGCCGGACGCUAGCAGGGAGGUUUGUCCUAUUGAGGUGAAGAUCGCUGAUCUUGGUAAUGCCUGCUGGACCUUUAAGAAAUUCACCGAGGACAUUCAAACGCGCCAAUAUCGAGCUUUGGAAGUACUCAUCGGUGCAGGCUAUAGCACACCAGCAGAUAUCUGGAGUACCGCGUGCACGGCUUUUGAGCUAGCGACCGGCGACUACUUGUUCGAUCCGCACACCGGAGAGGAGUAUUCUCGGGACGAGGAUCACCUUGCACAUAUCAUCGAACUCCUGGGCCCCAUCCCACGCUCCAUUGUCGCUUUAGGCAAAUACUCCCGCGAGUUCUUCGACAAGCGCGCCUGUCUUCGUCACAUUCGUGUCCUGAAGCCCUGGGAUCUGCUAAGCGUACUAGUGCAGAAAUAUGAUUGGCCGCUGUCAGAAGCGAAACUCUUCACAUCUUUCCUCGAGCCUAUGCUCGCCUACGACCCCAACCAGCGUGCGACGGCUUGGGAGUGUCUUCAACACCCCUGGAUCACUGGCGCACCGGCUGACUUUCUGGAGGGUCAAUUUUUUCGACAUCCCUGUCACCAGGUGCCUCCUACCGACACCGCCACUCUCCUCCAACGACCUCCGGGCGCCACACUCAGUUCCAUAGACGGCGAACUAGGAGUCGAUCAACUGCCUCCCCACCAGCAUCAUCCCUGCACGGAGGAUGGUGAGCUGCAACAGAGCGUGCCAGGUGGUCAUUUCACGAAUGAGAACACCAACUUCUAUCCCUAUGGCCACUAUGCGCAUCCCAGUCCGAGCAGCGGUAGUGGCGGUGGUGGUUACAUGACGGGUGAUAGGAUGAACUACUAUGGGGGUGGUGGCGGUGCAAGCAGUGGCGAGGCCUUCUCUGGAGAGGGUUCUGGGAGUUCUUCUUCCGGUUCAUCACCUUCCGAUGUUGAUCGCUAUCGUCUAGAUUACCACAAAUCUGAGUUACAUCGCCACCACCACCACCACCACGGCUUUGACAGCUGUAACUUCGCUCCUCCCACCGACGAUCCGGAGGCUCUUCGGUUAGCCGCCAGUCUUUCACAGAACCAGAAGAACAUUAUCGCACAUGUCAUGCAAGCCCUUGGUCCCGAAACGGUCUGGAAGGGUCUGCUGGCUGGAAAGAAGCGCCAGCAGAUGCAACAGACCGCACCCAAUGCCGCCACUUCCUCGACUAGCAGUAUCAAGGCGGAGGAUGGGGAGAUAGUGGUAGACAUGGAGACCGCAGCCCACCUUGACAACGGUGGUGACGGGCACAAUGGUCAUGUGUGUGGCUACAUAGACUCUGAUCCCUGGGCCCAUACUGUUGCAAGUAAAGUGUACCCAGGAUCUUUCGUGAAGCGUCACCCCAACGACGGUGGUGUCGAACCUCAAUUCAUUGACCUCUACCGAGUAGAUGAUGAUAGGAAGCUGAGGUGCUGUACUAGUGCCGUGCCAAAGGGUCUAGUGAGGGUAGACGAAAAGGCGUGUGGGGCGCCUACCUACUUCUGGAUGCUUGACGGCUGA